GAUGUUAAUGUUUUUGAAUUUUUGAAUAAAAAUUUUAGGUUGCUGUGCCAGGCUACUGAAAUAGAAAAUGAACAGGAAUAAAAAGGAGAAAGAAAGGCUGAGGAAGAGACAGUCACGACUAGUGGAAAGUCAGAACAGAGCAGUAGAAGGUGUACAAGGGAACCCAGUACAGCCAGAGCCCUCUAGAUGUCACGACCAACUCUCUGCUUUCGUGAACAAUCGUGAACUUGAAAAAGGAUCUCACAGAACACAAACUGAGCAAUGUAGCAGUACUUCAGAACCUUCAACUUCCUGCUCUCACAUGACUCGUAAACAAGACAACCUACUAAACAACUAUUUUGAAGAUCAAAGGCAAAAGUCUGUGCAAAAGGAAAAUAAAAAAAGUGAAAAAGUGAAAAGUGAAAGGUUUCUUACUGGGAUGAAAAGGAAAUGCCAUACAAAGGGAUCUCCUAUUACUCCUGACAACUCUGAAAAUACAAAUUGGCUAGAUGUUGACAAUAGUGUACAAGCUAAAAGAAUAAAGCAUAUAGUUUCAGACAAUAAAAUUGUUGUCAAAGAUAAAAAAAAUACAGAUAAAUGCUUCGAGCAAAAUGUGCUUACAAAUGUGAAUGAGGUUAAGCAAAAUAAAGAAAGUGAAAUAAGGAAAGAGGCCACUUACAGAGAAAGACAUAAAGAUGAGACUCAAGUUAAACUUAGAAAAAGGACACUUAAAGCCAACCUCAGAAAGAGACUGCGAGAAGAAAAUGAGAUACAAUAUAAGCUUAAGCAAAGAAUGCUAAAAGCCGACUUUAGAAUGAGACAGAGAGAAGAAAAUGACACUCGGGUUAAGCUGAAAGAGAGAGCACAUAAAGCUAACUCCAGAAUGAGACAGAGAGAAGAAAAUGACACUUUGGUUAAGCUGAAAGAGAGAACACUUAAAGCCAACUUUAGAAUGAGACAGAGAGAAGAAAAUGACACUCAGGUUAAGCUGAAAGAGAGAGCACAUAAAGCCAACUCCAGAAUGAGACAGAGAGAAGAAAAUGACACUUGGGUUAAGCUGAAAGAGAGAGCACAUAAAGCCAACUCCAGAAUGAGACAGACAGAAGAAAAUGACACUCGGGUUAAGCUGAAAAGAGAGAGCACAUAAAGCC